UUCACCUGUACACAGAGACACGCGCGCACGCACAGGGCAGCUGUGACCUGUCGAUAUGCGGAAGUGAAGUUAUUGAUGAGAUCAGUGUGGAAAUGUUUGUCGGUGAUUGGUGGACUUUAAUGAUGGAGGAAUGUUAAUGAGGCACGAGGGAACAUGUACCGGUGUGUACCUGUCGGGAGGACUUCUCUGUGACCGAACUGCAACACCGGACCGACUCCAACAUGUUCUUCAAGAAGCCCGAGGAAAGCUUUGAGCUGUGGGACAGACAGAAGGACGGUUACAGCACUGAGCCUUUACUUCCUCCUAUGUCCAACCCGAGGACGUAUGACUACGUUCUGGUGGCCCACAAGGUGGAAGAUGAAUCGGAUCUAAAGGCUCAGAGACAGAGAGCGUUUAUCCAGGAACUGGAAAAGAAAAAUAUCACCAUCACCAAAAUCAUCCAUGAGGACAAAGUGUUCUUCGGCCUCCGCGCUCCCAGUGAGAUUUUUACAGACUACCAGUACCUGCUCAAAGUGUCCGACUCCUGCAACUGGUGUGGAGAUGUGAGGGGCUCUGUCACCCAGGCAACCAGGAUCCGAAUCGUCAAUUUCAUCCUCCACCAGACCUUCAUCGGCACAGGAGAGAACCUGAAGGAGCUGCUGAUGAAGGAUGUGUUUGAGACCAUGUUCUGCCUCCAUGAGAGAAGGAAGCAAAAGCAGCUGAAGAGGAAGUGGGCUCGAUGGUCGGGUCUGUUUACGGGACAACCAGUCAACGACGUCAAGUGUUACUUUGGAGAGAAGGUGGCUCUGUAUUACCUGUGGCUCGGCUGGUACACCAAGCUGCUGGUCCCCGCCGCAGCUCUGGGAGUCGUGGUGUUCCUGUACGGACUCGCCUUCUUCAACACAAACCCUCUCAUUAAGGAAGUGUGUCAGUCGGACAUCAUCAUGUGUCCUCGCUGUGAUAAGAGGUGUACAGUGUGGCAGCUGUCAGACACCUGCACCUACGCCAAGGUCAGCCACCUGUUUGACAACGAGGGCACGGUGGCGUUUGCUAUGUUCAUGGCCAUCUGGGCCACUCUGUUCCUGGAGCUGUGGAAGAGACACAGAGCCCGACACGUCAGUCAGUGGAAGGUCUACGACUGGUGUGAGGAGGAGGAGGAACUGAUUAUGGAGAUAGUGAAUGAUCCAAACUGUAAACCCAAACAGUUCAGACACUCGUACCUACGCAGCACUCUGGUCCUCAUUCUGGUAACGCUCAUGCUGAUGCUUAUCAUCGGUCUGGCUCACGCCCUGGUGGUGUUUCGGGUGGUGGCCGCUCCCCUGAUGUCUGAGGGCAGCUGGGAGUUUAUCAGAGAUCACGCCAACACGGUGGCGGUGAUGCUGGGAGCCGUGCUGCACUACGUCACCAUUCAGAUCAUGACGCGGGUGAACAGAUGGGUGUCGCUCAAGCUGUGUGACCUCGAGAAGACAAACUCAUUCGCUGCCAGAGAGAGAAACUUCACAGUGAAGAUGUUCACCUUCCAGUUCUUCACUCUCUUCUCCUCACUCUUCUAUGUGGCCUUCUUCCUGGGCAGGAUAAACGGCCAUCCAGGAAACUAUGUGCGCAUCGCUGGAUGGAGACUGGAGGAGUGCCAUCCCAGCGGCUGUUUGACAGACCUCUUCAUCCAGAUGGCCGUCAUCAUGCUUCUCAAACAGACCCUCAACAACAUCUUCGAGUUCACUGUGCCCUGGCUGAAGAGCUGCUUGAGUAAAAGCACCGCGAAGAGGCUACAGAGGAAGUGCGGUCACUGUUACAGGAAGACCUGCCGUAACGAAGACGGACAGGUCGAACCGUGUGACAUCUGCAAACUUCGGGACUGGCUGAAUAAUUAUCACCUGGCCAACACGGACGCCUUCAGUCUGUUCAAUGAGUUCCUGGAGAUGGUGGUCCAGUUCAGUUUCACCACCAUAUUUGUGGCAGCGUUCCCUCUCGCCCCGCUGCUGGCUCUCAUCAACAACGUCUUUGAGAUCCGCCUGGACGCCAUCAAGAUGGUCCGCCUGGAGCGGCGGCUGGUUCCCCGGAAGACCAACGACAUUGGUAUAUGGACGAAGGUGUUGGAGGCCAUCGGUGUGUUGGCAGUAAUCGCUAACGGUCUGGUCAUCGGGGUCUCAUCAGACUUUAUUCCACGCCUCGUCUACCGUUACCGUUACGGCCCGUGUGCUAACGGAACCACAAACUCACACUGCAUGCAGGGCUACAUCAAUGACACUCUGUCCACGGCGUUUAUGACGCACCCGGCAGUUGUAAAUGACUUUCUCAAAGAACAGAUGAUCACAGAGAGAGGCCUCAAUGUCACGCAGUGCAGCUACAGAGACUACAGGAGCAAUGAGGACUACAGUCUGACCUCUCAGUUCUGGUGCGUCUUGGCCGUACGCUUUGCCUUCGUCAUCUUGUUUGAGCAUGUUGUGGUGGUGUGUAAGUUUAUAGCGGCCUGGUUUGUCCCCAACAAUCCCAUUCGGGUGAAGAACGAUCGGCUGCACGACAAACUGGAGCGGCUGAAGGAGGAGCUGCGUGAUAUGAAACGCAGCAAAUCGACAGACGUGUGACGUCUCCAGCAGCAGAUCUGCCUCCCGCGUCACAGGAAAGAUGCUGUCUUCUUUUUUAAAAAAAUGAAUAUUCACGAGACUGGACUGUGACGGUAACGUUUUGUGAGGUUUGUGUGUCGGGGUGUUAUUGGACUUUAUUACCCCCUGCUGACAACAACCGCCACACUACGUGUUUUUUUUAUUAAUAUGUAAUUAAUAAUUUGUAGACUGUGAGUAAGAAUGUCUUUUAUUUUGUUAAGUUUGUUGCUGUUUCAGAGAGUCACUGAGUCAACUAAAGGAGCAGUUCAACAGUUUCUGCACAGUUUACAUGACGUCAGUAAACUUUAAAUUUGUUCAAAUAGUCAACACACACUUACACUCUUGAGCACUUAACUGUGUGUUCGUGCACAGUCAGGAAGUACACGAGAAGACAGAAAAAUUCAAAAUAAGAGCUCGUCUUUGUCUAGCCUAACUGUGCCGACUGACAUGUACUGUAUGUAAUAUACCUCAAAAAACCCCACUUCAAAAAAAUUACGUCCUUCAUCAGCAGUUAAGAGGAAAAAGUCAAACCAUCCAAAACAUUCACACCAUUAAAAUAAUACCAGUUGCAUCUCUUCCUGUGGGCUCGUGUGCUUCUAGAUAAUUAAAUGUUUUAAUGG